AGUACCUCCUAUUGAACUUGAACUACAGUAACCCAGAUACACGUCUCUCGCUUGCACUUUGACCACCAUGUCGUCUGAAACUCCUUUCCAAAUUGACGUCCCCGACGAGAAACUGACCACCCUCCGCGCCAAACUUGAACUCGCUACUUUCCCGGAUGAACUGGAGGAUGCGGGGUGGAAGCAUGGCCCACCUCUGGCGGAUAUGAAGCGGCUCACAGAGAGGUGGAGGAACGAGUAUGACUGGCGCAAAUAUGAAAAGGAAAUCAAUGAAGCGCUACCAAUGUUUACCCGCGAUAUUGACGUGGAUGGUUUCGGCGCGCUGAACAUUCAUUAUGUUCACAAGAAGAGCGAAUCUGUUGACGCCAUUCCGCUGUUGUUUUGUCACGGAUGGCCUGGGAGCUUCUUGGAAGUCGGGAAGAUCUUGCCCCUCCUGACUGCAUCAGCCCCUGAACAUCCUAGCUUUCAUGUUGUGGCGCUCAGUUUACCCGGUUAUGGCUUUUCGGAGGCUCCCCGCAAACAAGGCUUUGGUAUGAAUCAAUAUGUCGAGGUAGCUCACAAACUCAUGAUCGCUCUCGGGUACAACGAGUAUGUUACCCAGGGAGGUGACUGGGGUGGCCUUAUCACUAGGAAAAUGGCUUCUGUGUAUGGUGGGAGGCAUCACAAGGCAUGGCACACCAACUUUCCAAUUCCUGAACCGCCCAGCUGGAAAUCACCCCUGUCUUUCUUGUCUUUCUUGCUAACCCCGUGGUCUAUAGAGGAAAAGGCAGGCAUCGAGCGCACCAAAUGGUACCGCACCAAAGGAUAUGGCUAUGUCACUCAACAGAGCACCCAGCCUCAGACACUCGGUUACAGUCUCACUGAUAGCCCUGUUGGCUUGCUUGCUUGGAUCUACGAGAAGCUAGUCCUUUGGUCCGACAAUUACAACUGGUCUGAUGAUGAAGUGCUGACGUGGGUUUCAUUGUAUUGGUUCUCCCGCGCCGGUCCCGCUGCCUCCCUCCGCAUUUACUUUGAAUUGCGUGGCGAUUGCGAGGAUUUAGGUCCAAACCCUACUAUUCCUAUGGGAGCAUCGUUUUUCCCGAAGGAGCUCAUAGUUUUACCCACAGCGUGGCUGCGCAUGUCGAACAACAUUGUUUUCGAGUCCCAUCAUAAGACAGGAGGCCAUUUUGCUGCCACUGAACGGCCGGAAGAGCUUGUUCGGGAUGUGCGGAAGAUGUUCGCGAAAGGGGGCCCUGCGUUUGCAAUUGUCCCCGGAAGAACUGGAUACGCUUGACAAACAUUAUUCCUGUGUAGUGCCAUUUGUACGCAGAACUCUACCGCUUGCUUUCUCUAGGACUGCAAGGAAUGCAUUCAUUGAGGUCCUUGGGCGCCGCAGCCCCUGCUCAAUUGUGCUGACGUGAGAAGGUAAGUAGCAAUUUACUCCCUGGCACCUUAGUUAGUCAUUAGC